GGGACUUACCCUUCUUUGGGAAAUAACAGCAGGCGAAGUUCAGCAGACAGAAGAUGGGUAAAAACGACGAAAACACAACAGCUGUAGAAGAACAGUGCAUUGCUGGAUAGAUUGUGUGCUUUACAGGUAGAAGAUGGUUGAGGUUUCAUUGACUGUGGGUAAAUUGGACGCUUCGUUGGCCUUGUUGUUGACUAGCGAUCAUCAUUUGAUUGAGUUUCCAACCAUUUUGUUGCCAGAAGGAGUCCAGGCUGGCUCGAUUAUCAAAAUCAAAUGUGAUAAAAAUCUAGAAUUGGAGAAAAGAGAAAAGGAUAUAUUUUUCAGAAUCCAAGAACAGAUUUUAAAUGAGUUUGGUAGAAAUGGUCCAAAGCCCCCAAUUUUGAAAAUUAGAAAUAUAACUCAGACUUCUUGUGUAUUAGAAUGGGACGCGUUGGAAUUGGGCACAACAUCUUUGAAAUCUCUUAUAUUAUACAAAAACGGUACAAGAUUAACCCAAAUUCAAAAUCCUCUAAUCAAUUCAACGAUCAAGUUAUCUGGGUUGGCUGUUGAUACUCCAUUUGAAUUUUAUUUAAGAUUAGACACCACCGCUGGCAUAUACAAAUCCGAAAGAGUUCAAGUUAAAACUCACAAGAUGACUGAUUUAACUGGUAUUACUGUUUGUUUAGGUGAAAUCAAUCCAAAAGAAAACAUUUCAAAAUAUGACAUUGAAUUAAUAUUAAAAAAAAUGGGUGCAAAACCUAUUCAAUCUCAAGUUCAAGUCGAUACAACUCAUUUUGUCUGCACUAUAGCCGCUGGGGCUCAAUGCGAAAAUGCAGUUAAUGCUAAUAUACCAAUUGUCAGACCUGAAUGGUUAAAAGCUUGUGAAACUGAAAAGAAAAUUAUUGGCGUAUCAAUAUUCUAUCUUGAUCACUCAGAUUCUGAAAUUAUCAAACGUUAUAAGAUAGAACAUACAAUAACACCCACUCCACCAAGGGAGACUCCUGCAACACCAAAAAAAUCCUCGCCUGUUUUUAAUACCACUGAAACCCCUAGAUCUGCAAAAGAUGUUGGUGAACAAGAAAAAGUUGAAGACAAAAUUGACGAUAAAGAAAUGGAAGAUGUUCCAUUAGACGAGAGUGUUGAGCUUCCUAAACCUAAACAAAAUCAACAGCCUUUAUCUGAAGUUCCAAUCAUUGAAUCAUUGACUAAGCAACCAACAGUUGAAUCCGGUCCAAAAAGUCCUAAAAAGGAAUUCAAACCAAAGUUAAUUGAAAAAGAUAUAAAGACCCAUGAAACCUCUUCGACGCCCACUAUUACAGUGACAAGUUUUGAUCAUAAAGAAAAUGACAAGUCUAAAACUAAAGAAAAUAAGCCUGCAGUUGCACAAGAAAUAAAUGAAGAAGCAGAAGUCAAAGACUCUAAAGUUGAGAAAUUGGAGGAAAAAGAAAAAGAGGAAUCUAAAACUGAUGGGUUCAAAGCUGAUGAGUUCAAAGCUGAUGAACCCAAGGCUGAAGAACCUGAACCUGAGGAGCCCAAAGCUGAAGAACCUAAAGUUGAGGAAGCUAAACCUGAGGAUUUAGAAAAAAAAGAAUUUGAAAAUGAGAAAGAAAAGAAGAUACCAGAGGAAACUGAAAAGCCAAAGGAAAACACUGAGUCUGCAGAAGAAGCAAAAUCAAUAAAAAAGGAAAACGAUAUUUUAUAGUAAUUUUUUUUUAAACGCUAUUUUCGAAUUCGACGUAUCAAUCAUUUCGGAUAUUUAUUGUAAUUUAUUCUUCACUUUCUACUAAUAAAAUUAUUUAUUUUAUUUUCUUUGCUAAUUUUGUACGACUUCAAUUUUUGUUAUUUAUUUAAAAA